AACUCAUCUUCUUUCCACCUGAUCCAAAAUGCCUUCUCUUCGUCUCGGAAACAUCGCCCCCGACUUUGAGGCUGAGACCACCGCUGGAAAGAUUAAGUUCCACGACUGGAUCGGCGACUCCUGGGCCAUCCUCUUCUCCCACCCGGGAGACUUUACCCCGGUUUGCACUACCGAGCUCGGUGAAGUUGCUCGUCGCGCAGAUGACUUCGCCAAGCGCAAUGUCAAAGUCAUUGGUAUCUCUGCCAACGGCCUUAGCGACCACGAAAAGUGGGUUGAGGACAUUGAGGAAUUUGGUGCCCGUUACGGUCCUACGAACGUGAAGUUCCCCAUCAUUGCCGAUGAGGAUCGCAAGAUCUCCGUCCUCUACGACAUGCUCGACGAGCAAGAUGCCACCAACCGGGACGGCAAGGGCCUUCCCUUCACCAUCCGCACCGUCUUCGUCAUAGACCCUAAGAAAGUCAUCCGUCUGAUGAUCGCCUACCCCGCUUCAACUGGCCGCAACUUCGACGAGGUCCUCCGUGUCGUUGACUCUCUCCAGCUUGGCGACAAGCACCGUAUCACCACCCCUGUGAACUGGAGCAAGGGUGAGGACGUCAUUGUUCACCCCACCGUCAACAACGACGAGGCAAAGGUUCUCUUCCCCGAGGUCACCUUCCACAAGCAACCUUACCUUCGUACCACUCCCCUCAGCGGAUAAAUUAUAUAGUUAAUGAAUUUAUAUAUGUAACUCAGUGUAUUCUCCAGUGGCACCAAUAGCAUUUUUAUGAGAGCAAAAUUGAUAAUAUAAACAUGCAGAGAUGUGUCUAGGCGCGUUGUUAACUGGUACUGAGCGCUGAGCGUCCAUAACGUAUAGCAGUCAACAUCUUCAUACAUACCUUACAUAAGUCUGCACUCCAUCC